ACCAUUUAGCCACCCCAGCCAGGCCCUGUUUCUUUUUUGAAAGACUCACUUUUACUUGUCUCUUAGGAAAACAGCCUUAAUCAUGGGUGGUCCUGCCUUAUAAUUACCCCCAGGAGCCUUUGUCUAAGUUUCUGAUCAACUUUCAUUAAAACUCAUGAUCUGUUCUCCUUUUCUGUGUGGAUGGGUGUGUCCAGGGUUGUGUGGAUAACAAUAAUUUCAGUUGAUGUGAGAAACUGGUUGUCUUGGAGUGCUCUUCUAAGUAGAUAAUGCCAAUUCUUUAAAAAAAACACACCAUGCAACUCAAGUAAUUCUUGUUUUAUUAGCUCUUUUGGAGUGGGCUCCUGUUCAGUUCAAGGCCACAUUAUUUUUGAUUAUCAACUAUGGAGUGUAACUUGUCUGGAGGGAAGAACAAGCAUGCUUAGCAGAGGCGAGUGUACUGCUCCUUCACCCUGCCCAACUCCUCUCAGGAGCAGCUGGCCUCGUCCCUUUUCUCUUUCCCUGGGCUGUAGUGAGUGCUGUGAUGGCCCCAGAAGAUAUUGUCACUGGAACCUGUGGACGUGACCUGAUUUGGAGUGGUUCCUUGCAGAUGUAAUUAAGGAUCUAGAGGUUAGAUCAUCCUGUAUUAAGGGCGGGCUCUAAAACAAAAUGUCCGGUGCUCUUAGAAGAGAAAGAUGGAGACAGAGACUCACACAAAGAUGCAGACAUACAGAGAAGGUGAUGUGAAGGCAGAGGCAGAGACUGGAGUUAGCAGCUCCACACCAAGGAACAUGGAGGAUGCUGGCAGCUAGGGGAGGGGCACGGAGUGGAUUCUCCCUCAGAGCCUCCAGAAGGAACAAAUCCUACCGACACCUUGAUUUUGGACUUCUGGCCACCAGAACUGUGAAGGAAUACAUUAAUGGGUUGUGGUAAUUCAUUUUGGCAGCCCUAGGAAACUAAGGCAUAGGGUAUAUGCAGGGAUGUGAGAUGUUACUAUCUGUAGUGUUUGUUUGGAUAAUCUGAGUUCCCUCCAAGAGAGAGAAUUGGGGACUAGCAGAUUAUUUGGAACUGGUGUCAUGGGUCCAGAAUGGCUAUUGCAAGGUCUUUGGAAAUAAAAAAGCCAAGACAGAGGCUGGAGGCCUCCUUGAGCCCACAACACCAGGGAUUUGGCUGAAGGAAGACCAGAAGGGUGUAUGCCUCUCCAUUGAGACCAGUCUGUGCUGUCUGGGUAGAAAAUGAACACUUGCUGGGAUAAGAUAUGUUUGCACGUAUAUAAUUUGUGAGGAAAAUGACCUCAGGAAGGGAGAGUGAUAGAGAUAUAGCUGUCUCCUGCACAUCCCCUACCAGGGAUCAAGUCCACAACCCAGGCAUGUGGCCUGACCAGGAAUUGAACCUGUAACCUCUUGGUUCAUGGGUUAACCCUCAACCACUGAGCCACUCUGGCUGGGUGAGGCUAGAUUUUCUUUAUAUGCAUCACCAAUAUUACAUGCUACAGCAGAUUGAAUAAAAAAGAUAUCUAUGAGAAUUCAGAUGUUUCUAUAAUUUACAAAUGUGUAAAACAGAAUAGUUUCUCUUAGUCUUUCUUUUGGGAAACAUAAUUAUUUUUCAAAAAAAUGUGUUAUUUAUGUUAACAUGUAAUGGGCUUAUUAUUGUUAUUUUAAAAUUAAUUAAUAGGUAGAUAUAUUUUUACAAUUCUCAGUUUUAUUUUUUACUAUGUUAAAUACCUAUGGGCCGAACCUACAUCAACAAAAGCUCUUGAGAAUACUCAAUACUUUUUAAGAGAAUAAAGGGACCCUGAGACCAAUAUGUUUAAUCAUGUACACAUCCAAUAUUAUUCACAUGAUAAAGUCUUUAAUUUCAAAGUCCUCAGUAGAAGGGAAGCACAAACUAUUUGUAUAUAAGAUACACAAUGAUUGAGAUAUUUAAAUUUUUAAGUAUUACUCUUGGUGGUUAAUUAUUCUUUUUUCCUAUAAAAUAGGGUUAACAUCAAUUUAAUGGGGUUGUUGCUGUAUGUAUGUAUGCAUGAAUGUAUGUAAAUAUAUAUAAAAAGAUAUAUGUAGAAUGCAUGGCAUGAUCCACCUGUCUCUCAAUGUUCUUUAUACUUUUCAAGUAGACUAUAAAUAUGCAUAAGUAUGUUGACUUAAUCUGGGUUAUAUUCCUCUCCGGUGGCUUUGUGAGCACAUCCCUGGGUGGUAUGUAUAGUCCUACAGCAUUGCCCCUCACCAUCAAAUAAAAAUGCCAUGUAAAGAAUAUUUUAGAUAUCUUUCUUCAUGCCCCAUAAAGAGAACAGAUCCAAGUGGUAACCCCUAAGUAAUGAUUGCCGUUGCUUCCCUAAACAGAAAAAGCGAUGCAGCCUGCUACAAGAUGUUCUUUGCGGAGAGCUGGAAAACUGCUGUUGUCCUAAGGCUGUCUCAGAACCUUAGUGAACCUGAGUGACAAGUUCCUAAGAGGAGAGAUUACAGAAUUCUUUUGGUGCAUUGAAAAAUCCUUACAACCUUUUCUUUUUCCCCCUCCACUUGACAAACUGUCCCUCAAAACUGUUGCGAUUACUACUAUUUUCUGUUUUUCUUUUCUCAGAUUUACCUACAACCCCUCUCAGAAAUCCUUGGCUAUGAUGUCUGAGAUUUCGGAACAGAAUGGCUCAUGAAUGUGACUAGAAACCAGAUAAUGAAAUUUGUGUUUGGCUUAACUACCAGGGAAAGGGCAUGGAGAAAAAAGCCACAUGUAGUCCUUCUAGUAUUUUCCUUUGAUCAAAUGUCAUGGUUCUGAAUACUAGAAAUCCUGGGUUAGUUGGAAAGCUGACUAAACAGCACAGAGUUACUAUGUUAUUCUGAAGAAAACAAACACGUCUCUGUUGUCUUUGUAGUUUCUUUUUACAGACGCGUUGAAAAAGUUUUACAUUUUAAUGAUAUGGAUUUCAUUCCCAUCUGCGGCAUCUGAUGGACAGCUUAUGAACAUGAACUGGAAGAAGAUUAAUUCUUUAAUGUUGGGAAUGGCUGGAGAAUGUUUUGUUACCAGAGAACCUGUAUCUUGUGACUCACCCUCUGAAGUGACAGUGAUGCUUAUGAAGAUGAUAAUGGAAGAGGAUGAGAGAAGAUUCUCUGGGGCCUGGGCCUGGAGACAUCACCCACCCUUUUGUUUGUUACCUCAAGAGAGUGACUUUAAAGACACAAGUCCGGAUGUUUCAGGUCAAAUCUAAAAGGGUUGAACAGUUUUCUUGAGAAACCCAGUUCAGGAUGACAGCUCACCGCCAACUGGCUGGCUCUAGACCCAGCAGGUUGGGAAGAUCACACCAGGUAAGCAGUCUGUCCCCAUCACAUCCAAGUUCUGAUCAUGCUACUCACAGGCGGAGGGUUGAAGAAAGUCCCUUAUUCCCAGGCUCGUUCAAUUUUCUAUAAAUCCCUAUAAUAGUCUGACUCUAGAAAUAGGUAUAUUGAUGAUGCAGUGAUGGAUUCACUGAGGGUUGUUAUAGGUCUCAAAAAAAAAAAAUGAAACAUUUAGUGAGAAGGAUGUUUGUUUAAAGAACACUUUUUAUUUUGCAGAAAUUGGGAAUGCUUUAACUUAUUUUAGUAUCAUUUAUCCAUUUAAUGUGCAUCCUAAAUGUCUCUGGCUAUAUCAUUAUUUUCAGUGAUAUGUAAACUCUAAAGGGCAAGGAUGAUGUCUGCUUCAUUUAUUUUUUAGAGCAUCCAGAACAAUAAUACCAUGAACACGAGGUUUUCAAUCCAUUUGUAUGCUGCUGUUGCAGAUUUGAAUACAAACUGUGUCCCAUACUCAUAAAGAACACUAUUUCAUUUUUAGUUUAGACUUUUAAGAACCAAAAAUCAUAGCAUUAUAUGUAGCACAAAUGUAUACUUAUUGGUUUAUUUUAAUUUUAAAAGUAUCACUAUUCAUUGAUUUUCUAUCACAAACGUCUGCUCAAUGAAGAAAAUGUGAAAAAUGCUGAAAACUAUGUAGAGGACAUCCAAUGUCAUCAUUCAUUCCUGUGCUGGACGAUAAAUCACUUUGAACAUCUUGGUAUUUUUCCCCCUAAAUGAUUCAUUUUCAAGUGCUAUUAAUAUUAUCUAAUCCUUCUCUCAUUUUAAGACUUUCAAAACGAUUCUUCUCCCUGCGAUUUCCAUCCUUUCAGCUCGUGAUCCAGUGUUCUUUCCAGGAAGAAUUAUUGCUUUGUUAUUUCUCAUUGUAUUGAAUUGUAUUGUGAGUUAAGGGAAAGAGUGUGCCAUGAGCUACUAGUGACUGACUCCUGUUUUGAAGGAAAAUUUAAUCCAUCUUGCCCCAAUGCAUUUGUUGUCCUGAGAGCUAGGUGAACUACCUUUGACUGUUUCCCUAGGAUUAUGUCACCCACCGAGGUAACUUUCUGUUUCAGUAGGUGAUGUUAAGAAACAAAACAACACCCUUUACGUGGAUCAGUUUUGGAAAAUAGAGACCUGCUUUAUCUCCCAGGUCUUUGAUGUGUUCAGUGGUUCCUGUAAGGAUCUGCCUCUCUUUUGUGUUGAUUGACAAGACCUUUCUUAUAUAUUUGAGCAGUCAAGCAGCCCAGUAACAGAGGGUAGAGACAUUUCCCCAGAGCGAGCUUCUACCACCCAUUGUGACUUGCUGAGACCUUGGGCAAGUGUGAGCUCAAGAGAAGAGUUGGCUUCCGCAAGAGCAGGUGAGUGCAUCUCAUCUCUGUACCCUCCUUCCUCACGAGGGGAAGUCCAAAGAGCUCUGAUAAGGUGACAGGUCAGAAGCAGGAGCUGGGAGAUCCGGUUUGGAAAUAAAUAACUCUGCAACCUGUUUUAAGUGAUAAUGAAUUGGGGGUGUUCCAUAAGUGCAAUGUCCACUCUCACUUUAAUACCCAGGUAUGUUCUGUCUAGUGGGCCGAGCGUGAGGGAGGGAUUCUGGCUCCUGAAAGAGCCCAGGAAAUGACCAAGCUGCAGAGAGGACAGACUUACAGUAGACUGGGAUUAUGUGUUAGCACCCCCAAGGUUUCCAUCAUCUGGAUUUAAAUGGAAUCACAACGAGGUGCCAUGUCAGCAGAGGCACAGAGCGGAGGCAUCGGGCAGUGAAGGGGACACGCUGUUAUAGAGGGCCACCAAGUCAGGUGCGGGUUUCAUAAUAUCUGUGCAUGACCAGGCUUUGUGGCGGGUUGGGCUAGUAAAAAUAUAGAAGGGCAUACAAUUAUUAUUUACCUGCCUCCCCACCUCGAUUCCACAACCAUCCAUGACACUGAAAAUAUAAUUUUAAGCAAACAUGUAACAUGGCAGCAAAUACAGUGGUUCUGAAGAAAAAGAAUGUGUGUGUAUCCAUGUAUUAGGAUAUGCAUAAUUUGGGGUGUGAUUCAUAUUUUGUGUUCAUUUUGAAGAGACCAUUGGAACAGCUUUUUAUUUUUUAUUUUUAUUUUUUAACACCCAAGGCAAGUCCAGCAGUUGGGCCAUAAUAAGGAAAAGCCUGAGGUUGCCCCUGGAGGGUUGGGUGUCCAGUGAGCACCUGGGCCCAUGGAGUCCAUACUGGAGUCAGUGAGUCCCCUGUGGUGGAGUUCGUGGGCACCUGCAAUUUCUCGGCUUAUUUCUUCUGAAAUGCUAAGAGCCGGGUCCCUUUGGUAUCAGCCUCGUUGGCUGCCCCACGGAGGGCAGCUGGAUCAGCUAACAGACUCUCUUUCCUCUCCCUCUCCCGGGAGCAGCAUGAAGCUGGCGUACCUGUUCCUCGGCCCCAUGGCCCUCCUCCUCCUGGCUGGCUGCUGCUGUGUCCUCAGCACCUCCAGCGGGAACCUGCACACCUUUGUGGGCUGUGCCGUCAGGGAGUUUACUUUCCUGGCCAAGAAGCCGGGCUGCAGGGGCCUUCGGAUCACCACCGAUGCCUGCUGGGGCCGCUGUGAGACCUGGGAGAAGCCCAUUCUGGAGCCCCCCUACAUCGAAGCCCACCAUCGAGUCUGUACCUACAACGAGACCAAACAAGUGACCGUCAAGCUGCCCAACUGUGCCCCGGGGGUUGACCCUUUCUACACCUAUCCCGUGGCCGUCCGCUGUGACUGCGGGGCCUGCUCCACGGCCACCACCGAGUGCGAGACCAUCUGACGCUGGCGUGGCCUGCAGCACGGGUGGCAGCCUGGAACCUCGCAGACCCACCGGCACGGGCAGCACCAGCAGCACCAGCAGCACCAGCAGCGAUGACCCCUGGAUUCGAGGACUGUUUAAUUUGGACCACACUGUGGAGGAGGUUGCCUGUCUCCCUUGGGUUCAGCUCAGGCACCAGGCCCAGAGGCAGCACACAGCUAACAAAAUGCAAAGCCACAUCUGUGCCUUCACUAGAAUAAGUUCUCCGGUUCAUACACCUGCAAAUUAAUUUUCCUCUACCUUGAAGCUCAGGACAUAAUUUGUAUAGCACCAUCGUGGGUUUAUAACACGCCAGUGGUUUCAAUGCAGUGGGCGUAAUUAGGAAAUGAGGCUAGGAAGUCUUUAAAUUCUCAUGUCCUCCUUAAUGACUGGCCUCCAAUAGAUUUAUGACGAAAGGGCCAGAAAUCAAUAAACCACUGCUUUAGCCCCCUGCCUCCACCCCAAAUCCCCCUGCAAGCUUCCUUAGAGAAAGUCCUCCCUCUCCUGGGAACUGGGCAAUUAUUAAAGCAGGUAGGGAAAUGGUAGCUCAAAAGGAAAGGAAUCUGGAUUUGGGUGAUUUUUUUUUUUCAAGCAAAAUUCCCUAAGUCCCCUCAAGGUCCUUAAUAAAGAGGCUCCUUUUCAAUAAAAGUUCUCUGAAACAAUAGGGAAUGGCAGCUGUCAUUUGCACUUAAAAACUUACAAAAUUAAACUCAUGUUUUUAGACUCAUGGGAUGCUCUCCCAAAGCUAUGCCCCAAAUGAUGAACCACAAAUAUUCUUUCCCAUUUAGCCUAUUUGAAAUUGAAAUUGUAAUUUCUUUUAAACUCAGAAAAAAUGUUUGUAAGGGGUAAGACUGCGUUGCUGGCUUGGGGAACGUGAUUGUGUAGCUGUUGGCCUCUCUAUAGCCUCUGGCAGCUGGUUCUCUGGCUCUUUUUAAAACUCCAGUGCUUUGCAAGUGUCUUUAAUUCUGACAUUUUGGGGGUUGAAAUUGACCUUGUUCCUUUUCCACAAUAUGCCGUAAGAAUCUUAUUACUGCAAAUAAAGCCUGUCUUCUGUCUUUUGAAUUGAUGAGAACUUUCCAAAAUAGUUUUUAAUACACCUGGGACAACAAUAACAAACCCUCUUUAAAAUGAACCAUGAGGUUCCUUGUACCUUCAUGUAGGAUGUCGUGUUUAGGAAGGAACACACAGAGCCGGCUGGGUAGCGCGAGUCCCUGAAGUUUCUAUCCCUGACGCAUCACCGCUGGGAGCCAGGAGUCCUCUCUGAGUGGGGAAAUCAAGGAGUCCCCAGGAAAGCAAAAGUUGGGAAGAUGGUCAGGGAUUGGGAUGCUGAAGCAGACAUCUGGGAGCAAAAUCCACCCCACUCUUCAGUGCAGGUCUGUUUUGGGCGGCAAGAAAGUCAACCGUAGCAUGACAAGUAGUUGAGUGCCUGGGGCCUCUGCACAGACGGUGGGCGGUGACAGGGGAUAAUACCGGGUAGCGCCACUCACACGUUCUCAACCCAUCCCUGGGCAUGUCCCUCUGGACUUUUUGAGAGAAAGGGCUGCUUCUUCAGGAAACUUAGGGUGACGAGGCAGAGGUUAUGGCUGGCCAGAAUUUGAGAAAUUCAUCAGUAAGGGCCCUGGCAGUAAACAAAUGACACACUGCAGUGGGACAUUGAGGAGAGUUUGAGCAGAGUUAGGGAAACCAACAAGGGCUGUGAAGCACUUCUAAACACUUGUUUAGAAGCAACGGGCAGCCCUAGCUAAAGCAGUGGUCAGCAAACUCAUUGGUCAACAGAGCCAAAUAUCAACAGUACAACGAUUGAAAUU